ACGAUCUGCUCUCCCUUUCUCUCUUCUUGUCAACUUGUACUCAUCCUGCAGCCAUUGGGCAGUUCAUAACCAAGGAGGGCAGAGGUCCAAAAUGCCCAACUCCAGCAAACCUAGGUCACAGGCCUCGGCCGCAAAGCUCAACCCCCUCUGGUAUACCUACGCCUGUGCCACUCUCGUCGCUGCCGUCGUUCUGGGAAACAUUCUGCGUUGGGCGUUCCUUGAAUUACCAGAUUCAUACCACUGCUCAGCCCUGUUGAAUACCGGUAAAUGGUUAGAUCCUGGGACGUGGACAAAUUGGCAACCCGAAGGCUGCUUCCAACUACCCCUAUCAGCUCAAUCAUGGCAAAAAUGCCUUGCAUCACCCACCGUAAACACUCACCAAGCACUCCACUCCUCAUAUUACGACAAACGUACAGCCUUGUUUGUAGGGGACUCAACAGUCAGGCAGUUGUACUUUGCCGCUGCUCGAAAGGUCGGCAAGACGUCUAAAGCAUGGGAAUUGGAGGGCGAGAAACACACCGAUAGGUCGUUACUUGUGAGCGACCCGUUAGGGGGCCCUUCGCUCGAACUUGAAUUUUGGUGGGACCCUUACCUUAACUCUUCAAAGACCAUCGGACUUCUCUCAGGCCAAAGCUCUGUCCCCUCUUCGUUGCUCGUCAUGGGCUCUGGUCUUUGGUACCUUCGCAACCCGUCAUCAGGUGGCUUAGCCUCGUGGGGAGCUAUGAUCUACGACACUUUCGAGCUCGUCAAGAAGAAUCAAGGCUCACCUCAAACGGCUUUGAUCAACCCUUGGGACAAUAUGCUUCUCGGGCCUGGAAUAACUCUGCCCGGCCUCUUGCCCAACCAACCUCCCAAAUUUGUCGACCACUCUCGUGAGGUCGAGGCAAGGUCUCUCUUUUCCAGAGCAUCGUCGAUCAGCCAUCGACCAACCGACUUUUCGAUAUCCGAUGCCAUUGUCUUUCUCCCUAUUUCUACUCCUGUACGCGAGAAGCUUUCCCCAUCUCGUGCAGAAACCAUCUUCCACACCGAUGUUGAAGCUAUGAACGCCGAUCUUUACGCCCGCCUCACUCAUCCCGACCCACCACCAGUCGUGAUCCCCUCAGUUCUCAAUCAGCUACUGGUGGACGAUGAGACCGAAGACGGCUUGCAUUUCUCCGAUAAGAUUAUGAACAAACAAGCAGAGCUGUUACUAAGUUGGAGGUGUAACGAUGUCAUGCGCCAUGAAGGGGCAACGGGGACAUGUUGCAAGAGGUACGACUGGGUGACCCCUAUACAGGGCCUUAUCUUAGCUGUUCUCAUCCUUUGGGCUCCUCUCGGAACCUUCAUUACCCCUCGCUUGCCACCCAAUUCCCCUAUCCUCGACUACCUUCCUGCCACCUCCAUCGCUCCUGCCCUUAGCACCUUUGGUUUGGCUAUGGGCUAUCUCUUCCUCGCCGACAGGACCCAUGUCUUUCAGAAGGAGCAAAAGGAUUAUGACGCCGUCAUCUUCGGGAUGAUCACCUUGGCAGCCUUUGUGGCCGGACUUCUCACCAUCAAGAACAGCGGAAAGGACCUGGGUUUUUUGAAUAGGGACAUUACCGAUGAAUGGAAGGGAUGGAUGCAAAUUGCAAUCUUGAUCUAUCAUUUCUUCGGAGCUUCCAAAAUUUCUGGGAUUUAUAACCCUAUCCGGGUCUUGGUUGCCUCCUAUCUUUUCAUGACUGGAUAUGGUCACUUCUUCUUUUAUUACAAAAAAGCCGACUUUGGCUUUCAGCGAGUUGUCAUGGUACUUGUUCGUCUCAACUUGCUCUCUGUAGUCCUUCCCUACACCAUGAACACCGACUACGCCUUCUAUUACUUCGCUCCUCUUGUCAGCUGGUGGUACCUCAUCAUUUAUGCGACUAUGGCUAUCGGCUCCAAAUACAACGAUCGCCCAGCUUUCCUCUUGACCAAGCUUUUUACUUGUGCUGGACUGGUCACCCUUUUCAUGCACUUUCCCUGGCUUAUGGAGGAUGUCUUCAAGGUUCUGAACACAGUCUUCAACAUUCAGUGGUCAGCCAAAGAAUGGUCUUUCCGAGUCACUCUCGACUUAUUCAUCGUCUGGGUUGGUAUGCUCUGUGCUUAUGGGUUCGUCAAAUUCAACGAGCACCAAAUCAGUGACCGACCUUGGUUCCCUGUCAUGCGCACAGCAACUUUGGUCGGGAGCGUACUCGGCAUGAUCUGGUAUUUCUGGUUUGAACUCCACUUGGCAAGCAAGUUUGUCUACAACGAAUACCACGCUGUCGUCUGCAUUGUACCCAUCAUGUCAUUUGUCUUCCUUCGAAACGCAUCUCCUGUCUUACGAUCAUCUACCAGCAAAAUCUUUUGCUUUAUCGGCCAAUGUUCGCUCGAGACUUUUAUUCUCCAGUUCCAUGGCUGGUUAGCAUCCGACACGAAAGCUAUCCUACUCGCGGUCCCCAGUACGCAAUGGCGGCCUGUGAACCUUGUGAUUUCCACCAUCUGCUUCAUCUGGUUGAGUUACCGCGUCUCUGGCGCUACCGGCGAAAUCACUGAAUGGCUAGUGGGCAAAAAGAAGGCCUUACCCCUCCCCGCGACUUCCGCUAAUUCAAGCACGAGUCCAGGCCGACAAGCCACCUCGCCGACGCUCACAUCAGCAAGUGCUAUGCAAGCCGUGGUAGUGGGUCCACAAGACGGGGCGAAAGGCGGUAUUCCGGAGAGCAUACCGAUGAUGAACCAGGCCGAUAAAGAUAUUGGCGGACUAACCCCAAUGGAGGACGAGACCUUGGAACGAAGGGAUAGCUGGCCUACAUGGAUGGCAUCGACCGCCGCUUCUUUGACAGGUCGAACAGUAGAAGGGUACGCCCCUCUGACUAGACGGUGGAAGGAUCAGACAGUAUUGAGUGUGAUUCAGAACCUCGGAGACCUGAUGAAAAAGCACAACUCGGUCAAGAUUGCAGUUAUUCUCUUGGGAUUAUGGGCGUUGAAUUGGAUAUACUAGAAAUUUAUUAUUUUUUCUUUACAGACGGAUUUGAUAUACUUCAUUAGAUGGAUAUUAUGGUAGUUUAACACUACA